UUCACACUUGGAGGACUGAUCGCACUUUAGGGCCCUUGAGAAGGGGAAGAGGGAGCUGCUGCUGUUUGUGCUGCUUGCGCUUCAAUCGCUUCGAUUUUGGGGAUGGAGGAUAAGAAUGUGGGUGUGAAUUCUUGCGGGGCUAGCAAUGCCGCCAGUAUGAUCGGCGAGAAGAACGAAGGCGCGCAACAAGAUUCUCCCUCGGCGCUGCGCGAUGUUGCCGAGGGAGGGCUUUCGGGUCAGCAGCAAGCUCUUAAAACUUCGUCCAAGGCAUAUGAUCCAUACACAGGAGUGCUGGUUGAUUCUCAGGCUGGAAUGGUGACUUCUCUAGAUGAAAGUCUCGAAGGAGUCGAUCCAAAACAGAAAGAGCAGCGUGAUAAAGCAGCGCAGCGCUUAGAGAAGUUGGAAGAUCCGUCUUGCGAUGACAGUAGAAUGAGCGCCCGGAUUAAAGUUCAUGGCUUUGCGACCAGUCCGUUUGCUGCUCGAAACGAUGGAUCGGAACCCGCAACUGAUAUAAGAUCUUUGCCAGUCUCAGCAGCGACAAUGAGCAUGCUGCAGAGAGUUGUGACAGCAGGUCUCACUGAAACCGCCGAUCUCUCGCUGAAGGACAUGGCUGCUUGCGCAUUUGGAGUGGUCGAUAGCCACACGGAGGCGAUCGUAAGCACUCUUCCUCCUUGUACUCCAGGCCGAGCGAACAACUCCGGGAUGGUUCCUGGCGCCGAUAUAACGGAGCUCCCCACAACCUCGACAUUGUUAAAGAAGACGCAUAUCAUCCCAGACUUGCUAGACAGUGUGGAGGAGGAUGGAUUUUUUCUGGAGAUAGCCUUCGGCAACUUCCAGGUUUUUAAUGGAAUUAUCAUCGACCGAGAAGUAAUGCACGGACCACCGUCCGUAAGAGUGGUAGAAAGAUCUGGUGGAUCGAAUUCCAGGCUGAGAAGCUUGUUCUUGCUGCUACUCGUGGAGCUCGAAGCCGGUGGAGAAGAUUACUUGCAGUGGAUGGUCUUGAAAUCUCUUCAAACUGGCUUUGGACACGAAGAAAUCCUCGAGUAUCGUCAAAUGCCGUCCAUCUCCAAAGGGAGGCACAAGCACGUCUUCCUUCUCUUCGACACAAAGGAGGCAUGGAUGCGGGAAACGGACGCCCCGGAUCGCGGGAGAUUCGACGUCCACGAUUUUGUCACGCGUCACGAAUUUGGGGCGGCAGUCGCCGCCGUUUACUUCGAAUCUGAGACAGUCUGUUAGAAACCAGGCUGCCACGUGGCAAGCGGUUGCAAAGUGCCGCGGCCCGGGAAUUCGCUGCUGGCCGUUGGAUCAAUCUGGGCCUCAACGGCCAGCAUUUUGUU